AUGGAUGUCAAGGAUUUGAUAAUAGGAAUAGUGUUCUUAUUUCAGAGCACAAUUGGAAUUCUGGGAAAUUUUUAUCUUCUUUGCUACUAUCUUAUCCUUUACUUCAUUAAACAGAAGUUAAAGACCAAAGAUUUGAUUUUCACAUACCUGUUCAGAAACUCAUUGCUUAUUGUUUCUAAAGGUGUGCUAAUGACAAUACACUCUUUUGGGAUGCAAUGGCUCAUCAGUGAUUUUGGUUGUAAUGUUCUUUUGUAUAGUCAAAGACUUGGCAGAAACAUGUCCAUCAGCUCCACCUGUCUCUUGAGUGUAUUUCAGGCCAUCACCAUCAGUCCCAGUGACUCCUGUUGUAUGCUUCUGAAAGUCAAAACUACAAAGUACAUUGGACUCUAUAUUACCCUCUGCUGGGUCCUGUACACGGUAAUAAAUAUGAUUUUCCCUGUGUAUCUGUAUAUCAAAGGGAACAAUAAAAACAUGACAUACAAAAGAGAUUCAGCAUAUUGCCUCAAUGUAGGUUAUGAUGAAGUCACAGGCUCAUUGUAUACAGUUUUCUGUGUAUUCCCUGAAGUUUUGUUCUCUGUGAUAGUUGCCUGGUCUGGUGGAUUUAUGGUUGUCAUUUUAUACAGGCACAAGCAAAGGGUUCAACAUAUCCAUAGCACUCAUGUUUCUUUCAGUGUAUCCCCUGAGUCUAGAGCCACCCAGAGCAUCCUAGUCCAGGUCUUCACCUUUCUAGGUUUGUAUACCCUCUCCUCCAUCUUACAAGGUUGGAAUGCUUUUGUAUAUGAUAGUGAAGGCUGGCUAAUGAAUAUUAUAGCCAUCAUUUCUAUGUGCUUUCCCACAUUAGGCCCUUUUAUUAUGAGUCAUAAUUCUAUCACUGUAUUUGAUUUUCCCUUUUUCUGCAUGAGGAAUUGA